AUGACAGAUAUAGACGGUAGUAACGUCCCUGCCCCAACAAAUGCGGCACUAAUCGUUUCCCCUGAGAAAUUUAACAUUGUCCCUUAUGUUAAGGAGGAAUUUGUGGUACAAAUUACUAACGUUUCGUUUGACACUGUGCUGUUCCGUAUGUUGACGACAAACCCAUUGCGAUAUUUGGUGAAACCGAGGAAGGGGGUGAUUAAGCCAAAUGCAUCCAUCAGCCUUACGGUGAUGCUUAACCGCAGCAACCUGAACGAGGAGGAGAUUCAUGAGGAAUAUGACGACUUCCGCAUUGAGUACUGUGUAAUUGGACCGAACGAUGUCAUUGAGCCUCACUGUGCCAACGUGUCCGACAUCGUCAAGGCUCGGAAGGUUGAGGACAAGCGACAAGUACACCUUAAAAAAUUUCGUUGUCGACUUGAACCCUCUGCCAAGGCACAGAAGCGGCAAAGCGGCGCGGAGAAUGUCAAACCGUCCCCGUUGCCAUCUGCCGCUACUGAGCGACCGGCAUCGCCACGACACACGGAGAGCUCGAAUCCCAGCGCCGUUGCGGCCAAGAUGGACCCCAGGGAACUGGAGGUCAGUACACUGGCAGAGAAAAACCGACGUGCCAUGGCUCAAAAGGAGAAGGAAUGGAAAACCAAAACAGCGAUAGUACUUGCGGUGCUUUUCGUACUGUUGGGGGUGUGGUUUAUGUCCGCGUAG